UGAGGUCACACGGCGAGUGUAACAUCGGCGGGGGCGAGAUAGUGACACUGGUAUAUAUUCAUCCCGCCUGGGCCGAUACGAUCCACUGUACCAAACCCAGACACAAUUAUACAGAUAUCAUGGUGAAGAUCACGUUCCAAGCUGUGUCCGCACAGAAGCCAGAGAAGGAGAGCGAUGAAGACAAGAUACAGAUUCCUCGGGCUCAUGAGGAACUGGUCCUUGCUCUCGGAGAGAAACCCAAGAGGUCCUACCUCAACGGGCUGUGCUGCCUCACCUUCGGCCUGGUGGUCUUCAUGGCCGGCCUGGUGAUGGCAUCCAUCUACGCCUACCGCUACUACUACGUGACGCAGCAGAUGCCCGAGGACAGCCUGUUCCACUGCCGGGUGGUGUACGAGGACGCCGUGUUCUCCCCCAUGCGGGGCCGCCAGGAGCUGGAGGAGAACCUGGGCAUCUACCUGGACGACAACUACGAGCAGAUCAGCGUGCCCAGCCCCCGCUUCGGGGGCAGCGACCCCGCUGACAUCAUCCACGACUUCCACCGGGGCCUGACGGCGUACCACGACCUCGCCCUGGACAAGUGUUACAUCAUCGAGCUCAACACCACACUGGUCAUGCCCCCUCGGAGCCUCUGGGAGCUGCUCGUCAACGUCAAGAGAGGGACGUACCUCCCCCAGACCUACAUCAUCCAGGAGGAGAUGGUGGUGGCAGGGCGGGUGAGGAACAUGAGGCAGCUGGGGCCCUUCAUCCACCGACUCUGCUACGGCAAAGAGACCUACCGCCUGAGACGCCGCAGCCAGCACAAACGCAUUGACCGGCGCGAGACUAAGCGAUGCCACAGCAUCCGUCACUUUGAGAACACGUUUGUGGUGGAGACGGUCAUCUGCGACCGCUUUUAAACGGGGAGCCAUCAUGGAGUCCUCGACUGUCCAACUCUCAAGCCAAUUGUUAAACCUUACCUCUUGAAUUGUUUUGGCUUUCACUGCACUUUAAGGGCAACAAUUUUUCCAACAGUCACAGGGUUAUUACUUGUGUUUUUCUAUUCUUAUGAUUUUUUUUCUAUUUUUCGUUUCUGAAGUUGGAUUUUUAAUGCCCUCUCGUUGUUUGUGUUGGACGUUCAUGUCUCGUGAAUCCAUCUGUAUCUUUGAAUCGUGUUAAUGUAUUGGGAUAUAUCUGUAGCCUGGUCGGUCGUUCACAAUGUUUUUCGUCUCCUGUUGGUGAAGUUCAUUCUUUUAUUUGACUAGUUAAUAUUGACUUGAUUUGAUUCAGAAUUAUUAACUAAUCUCGUGAGCUCAGAGUUUGCUGCUUUGCACUGUGCACUCAUGUGUGCAAACUGUAUUGUUGAACAAAAUAGCAAAGCAUACCUCAUGUCGUUGAAAUGUAGUUCUCGUCCAAAUGUAUUUACAUUUAAUUGUUCCUAAGCAAUAUCUACUGUAAAUGGAAUUUCUCCCGGUUUUCAUAUCGUUAAAAGCUUCGAUUUUUUCAGAAAUCGGUUUGUUUCGUUGUGUGAUCCUUUCAUUACCGGCCAUUUAUGUUCCUUUGGUAUCUUCCACUUUCGUACUCGAGAUAUCUCAUGGCUUUAGACUGUAUCUAGAAGCAGUGCUUUUAUUUGACAGGGCAAAGUACCAAAGUAUGCAGGCAACGAUGCUAUGGAAAAGACUGAGACAAGAAUGCUCUGUAGCUUAGAAUGCUAGGUCGGAACAAAGGGUCUUUAGCUUCCUUCAUGUCUCUCUUCUCCUGCUCGUAACUCAAGUUAGUUCCUAUAGCUGUGUCCAGUGUCUCCAUCUUUAACUCGAUCCAUUCGUCCCACCUUUGAGAAGGUUUAUUUCUACUGUAAUAUAUGAGACCAGUCGUUGGUCUCUAGGGAAGAAGACCUGUGUGCUUCGUUUAUUACCACAGCACACUUUCUUUGCCCUGCUGUAUAUCUACUUGUAAUAUCUCUAACCUUAACAAUAAAUUAUCUAACAUAACCAUUUUGUGUCUGUC